UACAGGGACAGUUUAACCUAAAUGGGAUGCACAAAACUGGAGAUGUGAUUCUCGGUGGACUUUUCAGACUUCACUUCUUUCCUGUUUAUACUGAUGCAUCUUUUACCUCAGAGCCACAACAGCCUACCUGCUAUGGCUUUAAUGUGUUAGGAUUCAGGCUGUCUCAGACCAUGGCCUUUACUAUUGAUGAGAUCAACAGAAACUCAAACCUGCUGCCUAAUGUCACUCUGGGAUACAGUCUGUAUGAUAACUGUGCUCAAAUUGGGGCUGGAAUAAGAGCAGCACUGACCUUACUCAGCGGUCAAGAAGAGCAAGUUACAUUAGAGGAGAGAUGUGUAGGAACUCCUCCACUCCUAGCAGUUGUGGGUGAUUCUUACUCCACAGGUACUAUUGCCGUAUCUGCAGUCGUAGGUUUGUACAGAGUGCCUCUGGUGAGUUAUUUUGCCACAUGUUCCUGCCUGAGUGAUAGACAAAUGUUUCCAUCUUUCUUUAGGACGAUACCGAGUGAUUCUUUUCAGGUGAAUGCUAUGAUUCAGAUUCUGAAAAACUUUGGUUGGACUUGGGCAGGUCUGCUCAUCAGUGGUGAUGAUUAUGGACUCAAUGCUGCUCGGUCCUUUCAUUCUGAUCUGGGUCCAACUGCUGGAGGUUGUCUGGCUUACACAGAGAUUUUGCCUCAUUAUGAUCCCAUUGAAACUAGGAGAAUAGUGGAUGUGAUAAGGAAAUCUACAGCUCGGGUGGUGAUCGUGUUUGCACACGAAAGUCGCAUGAUUAACCUCAUGAAAGAGAUAGUGAAACAGAAUGUGACAGGCCUGCAGUGGAUUGCCAGUGAAGCCUGGUCAUCGGCUGCUGUGCUCCAGGCUCCCCAUCUCAUACCGUAUCUGGCUGGAACACUGGGGAUCGCCAUUCGUCGAGGAGAAAUACCAGGGCUCAGGGACUUCCUGUUACAAAUACGUCCUGACCUACAUCACAACAACACCAAUGGGAAUAGCAUGGUGAAUGAGUUUUGGGAAUACACAUUUCAGUGUAGAUUUGCACCACCUCCUGCAGGUUGGGUGGAAGCUGGA